AGCUGUGACGUCACACGAGCGGAGCGGUUAGCCAAUGAUGUCACUGGUUCUAAUGUAUCAGCUGCCUGGGGGCGUGCCGGAAGUGAGUGACAGGAAGUAAACAAACAAAGAGCGGUGGGGUAGAUAGCGGAAUAUGGACGGGGUGCCAAUAGGCCCCCGGGCCACUGUUCCCCAGCGCUGCCUGGCACCUGCCCUCCUACAGGGAUUCGCUAUCACUUCCCUCUGCACUGCUAUUGCCGACCCCAGCUGGCUCCUAGUGCAUGCCGGGAACGGCUCUUAUGUCUACGGGGUGUCGUACGUCCUGCACCAGGGACUCAACGUGACCGCCGGCGAUAAAGUGAUGCAUGGGACCUGGCUGUACCUCCUCCUUAUCAUGGCGCUCUGCUGCUACCUGAGCAUUCUGCUUGGAUCCAUCGUCUUUCUGCUGGACUUCCUAGAAUGCAGGAAAGCUCGGCCAGUCUUAGUGAAGGGAGCUGUCCUGCUGCAUACAUCCACAGUUUUGUCGACGGCUGCAGCUGUAGCUUUGUGUUCCUACCUCUACCGGCUGCUCAUCCACGAGAUCCAAUCCCACGCCACGGUGACAGUGAAGGACUCUGUUGAAUUCGGGGAAAGUUUCAUUUUUGCAGUCAUUGCUGGGGGGAUGUCUCUGGCUGCUGCCUCUAUAAGUUUUGUUUAUGCCCGAAAUUACGGGCGCAAUGCUUUUGUGGCAAGCUCCAGGUCGCUCACAGUUGAGGCAUCUCCUUUAUUGUCAGAGUCUGCAGACCUGGAUACUCUUGGGGAUUAUGGAUAAGCCCAGAAGCAGCUCGCUGUGCCUCCAAUAGCACUGAAAUGCCUCACUAAUGAACGUGACCAAAAAGUAUGAAUGCAGAAGAGAAUCUGCCCUAAUUUAAUUUGUUGUGUAAUGCACUGAUUAUUGUAGUUCAGUGACCUUUAAGGGGCAAAUUUAUUAAGGGUUGAACUUAAACUGUCAAAUUCGACUAGGGAAUUAUACAAACUCGAUCCGAGUUUUUUUUUUUUUUUUUUUUUAAAAAUGUAAUUACAUUUUUGACAUUUAUCAUACUCUGGCCCUUUAAGAAUUCAAAUUCGACUAUUCGCCCUUUAAAACCUGGCAAAUUGAUGUAUAAGUUAACGGGAGACGUCCAGGAAUUAAUUUGGAGAGGUUUGUAGCCUUCCUGACAUUCCAAGAAAAAAAAAAACUAAAAAAAAAAAUAUUUUUUAUACAAUUCAAAUCAAGUUCGAUUCGAGUUUUCGAAUUCAAUCGAAUUUAAGGAAGUUUAAAAAAAAAAAACUCUCAUGAAUUAGAAAUUCGACCCUUGAUAAAUGUGCCUCUAAAUGUUUACUCAGUAUUAUAGUCUUCUGUUUGUGUUGUGACUGUCCUGUAAUAUUACUUCUGUCAUGAUUUUUAUGAUGUAGUUUUUUUAUUUCUAAAUGACACUGUUUACACUGCAAAUAAUUCACUCUACAAUAUAAAAUGUCAUUCCUGAA